GUUUGCUAUAACAUAUGAAAUAAAGAUCUCCUCGACACAUCCUGCGAUCCAACACCGGCCCGUCAUCAGCGUCUUUGUUUUUUGUUUGUUUUCGCUCACUCAUUCACCCAUCCCCUCGGUACAGAUUUCUCCUUCGGCCGAAAUGGCGACCGAUAGCGAUGUCCCCAAGGCUGCUGCUGAUCCCAUGGAUGUCGAUGCGGAAAAUACCGCCGCGGUCGUCGUCGGGGAGAAGCAGCGGUUGCGACUGCUUCCUGGUUCGUCUGAAACUGCGGCCUCAUUCGCGCUCGAGAAGGAAGACCACACGUUAGGGAAUUCCCUGCGAUAUCUCAUUACGAAAAAUCCGGACGUCGAAUUCUGCGGUUACUCCAUCCCCCAUCCCUCCGAAGCCGUCAUGAACCUGAGAAUCCAAACAUGGGAUAACGUCAGCGUCUUCGCCGUCCUCCGAAAAGCCCUCGACGACCUCGAGGAUCUAUGCGAUGUUGUCGAGGACAAAUUCACCACCGCCCGCGACCAGUUCAAUGCCGAGCAUCCUGAUCGCGUCAGCCCAUGAGCUUUCAACGCAGCUACGUGAGCUGACGGUAGUUUUUGUUUGGAGCCGGGAGCGAGGACUUCUCGGGGCUACGAAUGGACUCGAGGUGUCACGACCAGCUUUGUGGCGCCACUGGAAUCGAGCGGAGGCUCUCUCUCUCUCUCUCUUCGGCUGGACAACAUGUCGCACAGAUGGUGACAUCCGCUGUGAACCGACGCCACACCGCGAACGGAAGUUUCGGGGCUCCACCAUUGGAAGCACGGCCACGAUGAACACGAGGGAAUGUGGAGGAAUCCUCGCUGUGUUGGGCAUUUUGAUGGAUCACCUUCGUACUAUAAUGUUAUGUACAGGACGCCGCCGUCGUCGAUGACAGAGGGCGAUGUAUUUUCCGCCUCGGCUUUGUGUAAAAGCAACUCGCACAACAAAUCACCCCGAAAACGCAAUGAGAUAUGAUGAUGUUUUGCCAUUUUA